AUGAUGAUUAUUGAAGGAGAUAUUAGUGGCCAAGAGGCUGUAAAAAAUGUGAUAUAUGGGACGUUUCUACCUGUUGAUGAUCCAUAUCCUGUAACCCCACCGAUAGAUCAUGAUAAUGAGACUGUUAGUUUAGCAUUUUUGAUAAGUCUAUCGGUUACAUUUGCUCUUUUGAUGAUUCUUUUAGUGGCUACUGCAGCUUAUGUUAUGUUCUGUGGUGCUGAUGAGGCCGAAUAUGAUGAAGAGACAGGUGAAGGGUCGAGUUCAAGCGUUACUGGUAUUCAUACGUUUUUUGGUAAGAAAGGUGGUGGCAUAUUGUUAGAUUCUACUUUUUGUAGUCCUGGUCAGUUUGAUGAUGAAGAAGCUUUACGUGAACAAGAAGAACAAGAGCUUCCCAAGAUGUCGAAAUUUGAAAUUGAACUAUAUAAAAGGUCUAGAGAAUUUCAGAAUUUGAACCCACCAUUGGUUAAGGAGUUUGGGACGUAUUUGAACACCUCAGAUCGUCAGUUCAUCAAGGAUCGUGGUAUUCAAAGUUAUUAUUUUUAUCCAAGUAUUAAUGAUAAUGUUGAUAAAUAUGGUAAUUUUUUACCUAGCUUUUUAGUACAGGAUAAGCUAGAUGUUACUUUUACGGAGUAUAACAAGAGCUCAUCCACUUUAUUAAAUUAUCCACUUCCAUUCAAUAAGAAAGAGGCAGUUUACUUUGAGGUUAAAAUAUUCAAAUUCCCUACAAAUUCUAAUACUAUUUUUAGUAUCGGCCUAGUUACAUGUCCGUAUCCAUAUUUCAGAAUACCUGGAAUGUCCAGAUACUCCAUAGCAUACGAAUCCACUGGUAAGUUGCGUAUUAACAAUCCGUUUGGCGCCUCAACCUUGUUACCUCGACUUCAAGAGGGCGAUGUAGUUGGGUUUGGGUAUAGGUAUAAGAUGGGUACAGUAUUUAUAACACAUAAUGGUAAGAAGAUGAUGGACGUGACGCAUAAUGUUGGUGUUGAUCUGUUUGUUGGUCUGGGGGCGUUGAACGCAUCCUACACUAGGACCUACACUAAGGACGGAUUGCUGGAAGAUCCAGAUAAUGUCGAUAUAAGAGAAGCGCUGUCGCAAGGACGCGAAGUUGAACUGCCAGAUGCAAUUCAAAAGGUCUACGAUCCAGAAAACUUAACCCCAGUUGCAGCCGAUGAAGUUGAAUUACAAGUGAACUUGGGACAAGUUGGGUUCGUAUUCAUUGAAGCCAACGUUAAGAAGUAUGGGUUUGGGAGUGUUCUUGGAGAGAUAGGUAUACCACCAGCAUAUAACGGUGAUGAAAUCAAACGCAAUGCGAUUAUCCAAAAGGGAGAAGAGAUGCCACCUAAAUAUGGGUUUGAAGAAGGAGACCGUAAUUCGUUUUUUGGGGACAUUCACAUAUAUGAAGGUCACCACCAAUUAGAGGCGGAGGAGCUACCAGAAGGCAACGGUGGAGUAACCACGACACAAGAUGCGGGUGCCAGGGCAGCAACCGAUUACGAGAGAGUGUCGUCGGCGUUUGACAGAGAGAACAACGACACAACGAAGGAUCCGGCAGACGAGAUACUGCACAACCAGACGGCAGCCAAUACAACGAAACCAAACAAGACCAGCAAUAACAACAACAAGAACCACAACAACAAGAAACGUAACAAGCGCAACAAAAGGAGAAAGUAG